AACUGCACUAAUUAUCAAUCUGCUAAUAAUAACAAACAACCUCUCCAUUUUUCUAAUAACCACACUGUCACCGUCUCUUUGUCCCUCCAUCAAAAUCCUUUUGUCUUUUAAAUCUUUAAAUAAACAACCCCAACUACAAUUUUUGCAUUUAUUAGUCAGAUAACAAAAUUUUUCAUCUGCAGAAAAAAAGUCUCAAACUCAUAAACUCUUUAGCGAGAAUCAGCCAUGGGUUUUGAGAAGGAAGCGAUCUCAUCCUCAUCUUCAAAAAAGUUAAGGUCUCCUCUACCGAGAGAAGACACGCCUCUUAUAAGCAAGGACAAGCCGCUGUCGUCACAGCCCAAGACGUUUGCUAAUGUUUUCAUAGCCGUAGUUGGUGCUGGCGUUUUGGGUUUGCCGUACGCCUUCAAGAGAACCGGAUGGAUCAUGGGCCUGCUCAUGCUUUUCUUCGUUGCUGCCUUGACCACCUACUGUAUGAUGCUUUUGGUUUACACCCGCCGGAAGCUCGAGUCUUUUGACAACGGGUUCGCCAAAAUUGCGUCUUUUGGCGAUCUGGGUUUCGCUGUUUGUGGCACCGUUGGCAGGUGCGUUGUCGAUGUACUUAUUAUUCUCUCUCAAGCUGGAUUUUGUGUUGGGUAUCUUAUAUUUAUUGCCAACACUAUGGCCAAUCUUUUUAACAAUGAAAUCUCCAUGAAUUCAAGCUUAAGUUUGGGGAUGUCCAGUUUUACAGCAAAGAGUUUGUAUAUAGGGGGAUGUUUUCCAUUUCAAUUGGGGUUGAAUUCAAUUGCAACAUUAACCCAUUUGGCUCCGUUGAGUAUUUUUGCUGAUGUGGUCGAUCUUGGGGCAAUGGGGGUGGUGUUGGUUGAGGAUUUGUCUCUUAUCUUGAAGCAAAGGCACGAGGUUAUGGCUUUCGGGGGUCUCUCUGUGUUCUUUUAUGGCAUGGGUGUGGCUGUUUAUGCAUUCGAAGGGAUUGGUAUGGUUUUGCCUAUAGAAUCUGAGAUGAAGGACACUGCUAAGUGUGGCAAAAUAUUGGCACUGAGCAUGGGUUUGAUUUCUUUGAUGUAUGGAGCAUUUGGUGCACUUGGUUAUUUCGCUUUUGGUGCAGAAACCAAAGAUAUUAUUACUGCUAAUUUGGGGGCAGGCUGGAUCAGCACUUUGGUUCAACUAGGUCUUUGCAUUAACUUGUUUUUCACAUUCCCAUUGAUGAUGAAUCCGGUUUAUGAGAUCGUAGAGAGGCGAUUUUGGGGAGGGAAUUAUUGUCUGUGGCUGAGAUGGCUUCUGGUUUUGAUCGUAAGUUUGGUAGCUUUGUUCGUGCCAAAUUUCGCUGAUUUCUUGUCCUUAGUGGGAAGCAGUGUGUGCUGUGGUUUGGGGUUUGUAUUGCCAGCAUUUUUUCAUCUAUUGGUAUUCAAGGAAGAGCUGGGGUGGAAGGGAUGGACUUUGGAUGUCGGAAUUGUGGCCUUGGGGCUUGUUCUUGGAAUUUCUGGAACUUGGUAUUCUUUGAUGGAGAUUUUUUCGGUGAAGGUAUAGAUGUAGAGUGUUGCAAUGAAGGUGAAGUUGUGAACUGCGCCUGGAUAUACUUUUGUUUGUAUUUUUGGAAUAUCAUUUGUAAAAACCCGAUUGUUAUCUUUAGUUAAGAAAUUACCUUGUCAAUCAUAACGUUGAGAAGGAGGUAUGAUAUUUUCCUCAACAUAAGUGGUGAAUUGUUGAUAGUCUAGUGUGAGAUAUUAGUUUGUGCUAGCAUUAGUAACUCUUCUCCAUUCAAAAACAUUGUGAAUGAUAUUACAAUAUUAAAGUUAUUUUCAAGGAUUAUUUUGAUUUAAACCUUA